GAGAUAUUCCUGAUGGACCCGGCCCAUCAUCUUCAUCUUUUAUCUCCAAUGAUUGAUUAAUGAUCAAUCAACUUUGUGUUUGCUCCACUUAUCUCUUCACAUCGUACACUUCAAGAUAAGAGAGAAAUGGCUGGAGCAGAGCAAAGCCAGAGAUGGAGCCUUAAGGCCAAGACCGUACUUGUAACCGGUGGAACAAAAGGCAUCGGGCAUGCUAUAGUAGAGGAAUUUGCAGGAUUUGGAGCAGUAAUACAUACUUGUGCUAGAAACGAAUAUGAGCUUAACGAGUGUUUAAGCAAAUGGCAAAAGAAGGGUUUUCAAGUCACUGGUUCGGUCUGUGACGCAUCUUUGAGACCAGAGAGAGAAAAGCUAAUGCAGACUGUGUCUUCAAUGUUUGGUGGAAAGCUCGAUAUCCUCAUAAACAAUUUGGGAGCGAUUCGGUCAAAACCAACGCUGGAUUACACAGCAGAAGAUUUCUCGUUUCAUAUUUCGACAAACUUAGAAUCUGCUUAUCAUCUGAGCCAGCUUGCGCAUCCUCUGCUUAAGGCUUCAGGAUGUGGGAACAUAAUUUUCAUGUCCUCUAUUGCUGGAGUUGUAUCUGCUAGUGUCGGCUCCAUCUACUCUGCAACGAAAGGGGCAUUGAAUCAGCUAGCAAGGAACUUGGCAUGUGAGUGGGCUAGUGAUGGCAUUAGGGCUAAUGCUGUGGCUCCUGCAGUCAUCGCAACUCCUUUGGCUGAAGCUGUGUAUGAUGAUGAGUUCAAGAAAGUGGUGAUAUCAAGAAAGCCGUUGGGGCGUUUCGGGGAGCCUGAAGAAGUGUCCUCGCUUGUGGCUUUUCUAUGUAUGCCUGCAGCUUCUUAUAUAACUGGUCAAACCAUUUGUGUCGAUGGAGGUCUCACUGUCAAUGGCUUCUCCUAUCAGCCACAAGGUUAAAAUCCAAUAUCCAAAAACAAACACAUUUUCAACUUCAUUACUUUGAACAUUGUCAUCUUGGGCUAAGCCCGGUUUGGAAGUAUGGAUUCUGGCCGUAACACUUUAGAAAAUAAAAGGAAACUUCAAAUAUUCUGAUUUAAAUUUUGCUUGGAUUUUUCAGUUCCGUUGCUCUCAAACUUCAAAGUAUGUGUGUCAUCCUAAUUAUAAUAAUAGUGAUUAAAUAAGUGUAAAAUAAAAAGUAGUAUUUUGUC